AUGAAAAGUGACCAUCUCAGUUAUCAAGACAAAAUGAGAGAGUUGGAAGUCAAAAAGGAAAAGAAAAUACAAGUCGCAGAGACUUGGAAGAAUUAUCAACUACAGAAUAUUAUGAACACUUUUGCUGCCGAAUUGCAACAAUUCAAUGAUGAAUACGAUGAGGAAACCCAACAUUUGAAAGAAAAAAUGGUUGGCAUGUUAAAUGAUAGACAAAAAAGAAUAUCAGAGGAAAAGGAUUCACUAAGAUUAACAGAUGGAGAAUCUAAACCAUUAAGACCAAGAAGAAGACCAGCACAAAAAGAACAACCUAAAACACAGAAAAAGCCUACUCUAGUCGUAGAUUGGGUUUGGCAAAUGAUUUAUAAUAUAAUAGAUAAACCUCAUCAAAAAACAAAAAAACUCUUUCAUCCUCUACCAUUUCAUCAGGAACAAGAACAAGAAGAAGCAUCUAAUGAAUUUCAUCAAACUAUAGAUGUUGAAUUAUGUGGACCUAGAAGUUGUAGAAAAGGUUUAUUUUGUAUCUCUGAUUCGUCAACAGCCAUUUGUAGACCAAAUCUUCAAGCAAAACAAUUAAUAGAGUUCAAUAUUACAGUUGAUGGAGCAUGGACAGAGUGUGCACAAUUUAAAGGAUCAUUAAAGAAUUUAACCAAUAAAAAGGUUAGAAGAAUUACACUUCAUGCAGCAGGAUUGGAAUUAUUCAAAGCAAACUCUAUUUGGAAUGCAAAGUUUUAUGAUGAUGCCUUGGAAUUAAUGUUACCAGAUUUCCAAGAUGGUAUAUUACCAGAACAAAUUUAUACUUUUGGACUGGCGACAAUCACAACCAUUAAUCAGCAGCCGCAACAGCAGCAACAGCAACAACAAGGGUCAUCAUUGAGAAAUAGAAGUCAAUCGCUGCUAGUUGAUCAACAUGUUGCAAACAAGGAUGAUUUGUCAUCCAACCUAUCACCAACCACAAAAAGAAGAAUAACAUUUGCUUUAUUAAACAAUAAUAAUAGUAAUAGUAAUAAUAAUAGUGAUGAUGGUAGUCCACCGACACCAUUAAAGGAAAGACUAUCAACAACAACAAUGUCAAGUGAUAGUAACAAGACGUCACCAUCCCAUUCUCCUAUUCCAUUUGACCCACUUCUUUCAAAUAUUAAUGAUACCAAUAAUAUGAUAUCAAAUACAAACAAAGAUGACAGUAAUCAACAGCAACAUGAACAACAACAAGAAGAUGGAGAUGAAGAAACAAGUGAAGAACAAGAAGAAGAGGAACAAGAAGAACAAGUUAUAUUGAAAACGUCGUCAACAACAAUAGCAACAAACAAAAAUCUCAAAGGUAGACUAUUAAAUUGGAUUCUAUCACCAUUUGUAUUUGUAUUUUCAAUGAUAAGUGGUCCACCAAAGAGAAUACUUGGCAACACUAUACCAAUCAGCUACUAUUAUCUGUUUGUAUCGGCGGUUGUCGUAUUUAUUGUACAUGGACUACAUGUAACAUUCAAGCAAUCCAUACCUUUGCCCGUGUGGUUUGCUGCCACCUUUUAUUUAUUUAUGUAUAUUGACAAUCACGUGUAUAGUAUAUCAUCUCAUGGACGUGGAAUAUCGACCAAUAAUCAAUCAUCAUCAUCUUUGUCUUCUUCAUCAUCCUCUACAUUGUCUGUAGAGACUAAAAAUAAUAAUAAUAACAGUAACAACAAAGAAAAUAAUCAUCAUCAUCAACAAGAAAUGUCAGACAAUAACAAGGAUCUAUCGAUAAAAGAAAAGAUUAGAGUUUAUGAAGAGGCAACACAUUCAAUGAACCAAAAACCAACCAAUAGAAUGACACCCAAUGGAAAACAUCAUAACCGAUCACAUUCAGGUGGAUCUUCAACCACCGCCUCAUUAUCAGCCAACAGUCUUACUCAUUACCUUCCACCACAUCUCCAACAACAACAUCAACUGUUAAUGCAACAACAUCAAUUAUUACAACAACAACAACAACAAAUAUCACAACAACAACAGUCUCUUCAACAACAACAACAACAGACACAAACACAACAACAACAACAACAAAUGCAACAAACAACACAAUUAUCACAUUUCCAACCAGAUUUUAUAAAUACUGUUCCCAAUCUUCCAACAUUUGCAUCGUUUUCUUCAUUCUCUUCAUUUGAUGAUGGUCGUGAUUCAUCUGGAUCAUUUUAUCGUACUAGACCCUAUGACAAUCAUCGUAGAUCCCUUCCACCAGGGUAUUACAAUCAAUAUCUAAACUAUAACUUAAACUAUAAGAAUAAUCACCUCAAUCACCAACACAACAAGGAUCGAUCCAAUAAGUUGGACGAUAGAGGUGGAGGAGGAGGAGACAAUGACACUGACCCAUCGGUGGUUGGUAGUUUUGAUGAUUUAAAUGGUGCAUCUGAUGGAAGCGAUGAUAACAAUAACCAUGAUUCAGAUGGAGAUGAUACCAUUGUCAAAGAGACAAAGGAAGAGUUGUCAGAAUUGGAAAAUAUUAAAAAAGUAAAGAGUAAUAUUACUCAUUUUACAAAAUUAUCUUCAAAUCUUGAAGAAAAAUUGGAUUGGCAACUUUCUCCAUUUACUAUUUCUCCUCCAAGAUGUUCAAAUUCAAUAGCAGUUUAUGGAAUGUCAUUAGUAUCAAUUGGUGGAGAAGGAAUUAAAGAUAUUAAUAGUAUUGUACAAUUUAUAGAUGCAGACAAGGGACUUUCGACAACACCAAAGGUGACAGGAGGAAAGAUUGCACCCGAAUCAAUCUAUCUUCACGAUAUGUGUAGAAUUGGUAAUAAAUUCUAUUUGUAUGGUGGUAUGGUCGGAGGUAAAAUGUCAAACAAGGUGUACGUGAUUACUAUUAUCGAUGAUUCAACAGUUCAUUGGUCACAACCACGUAUCAAUAGUUAUUCACCGUCACCUCGUAUAGGACAUACUCUUACGAGAUAUGGUAACAGGUUUAUCUUGUUUGGAGGAUUCGAUGGUGAAAAGAUACUAAAUGAUACACAUCUUUUGGAUCCAGAGACAAUGACAUGGUCGACACUUGCAGCUACUGGUAAUCCACCCUCUGAACGUUAUGGUCAUUCUUCUACCAUUCUAGGUGAAAAGUUGAUUGUAUUUGGUGGUUCUAAUCGUACCAAAGACCUGAAUGAUAUUAAUAUCCUCCAGUUGGAUAGUUAUGAAUGGAUUCAACCAAUUGUACAAGGUAGUGAGAUACCACCAGAACGUUCUUUUCAUGCUGCCACUCGUGUCGGUAGAAAUCUUAUCGUCGUAGGUGGUAAACGUGAAAAUGUAACACAUCGUGACAUUUGGACAUUAUCCUACAAGAUGCUUUGGACAAAGGUCACAGGUAUCCAAAUCACUCCACAUUCUCAUCAUGCUCUCAUUAAAAAUGGUUCAAAUCUUUAUAUUCUUGGUGGUAAAGGUCAAGGUGGUAAUAUUUUAGAUGAUAUUUGGUUUGUAAAUACAACAAAUUUACCAAUUUCAUCAAGUGUAACAAUGAUAAAUUAUCCAGAUAUUAAAAUUGAAAAGGAGAUUGGAAAGGGUCAUUUUUCAAAGGUUCUAAGAGGCGUUUGGAAAGGCAAGGAUGUAGCAGUCAAGAAAUUGAAUCUACUCAAAGACAAACCAAAAGAAGAGAUGAUGAACGAAUUCAAGGCAGAGGUGGAGUUAUUGGGAUCACUGCAACAUCCAAAUCUUGUCAAUUGUUAUGGAUAUUGUGUCAACCCAAUGUGUAUAGUUAUGGAGUUUCUCCCCACUGGUAAUCUGUUUGAUCUUAUCCAUUCACGUGAAAACAAAAUGGAUUCAACUCUUUUACUUCAAUUUGCUUUUGAUAUUGCUCGUGGAAUGCAACAUUUACAUUCAAGAAGUAUGAAAACAAAAAAUGAAAAAAAGAAAAGAAAAAAGAAAAAAGAAGAAGGAAGAAAGAAGAAAAUGAAGAAAAUAUUUCAAUCAACCAAAAUAUUAAUUAGAGUUUAUCAUUUAGAUAUUAUCCAUAGAGAUUUAAAAUCAAGUAAUUUAUUAUUGGAUAAACAUUUUAAUAUUAAAAUUGCAGAUUUGGGAAUUGCAAGAGAAACAUCAUUUACUCAAACAAUGACAACUAUUGGAACGGUUGCAUGGACUGCACCAGAGAUUCUUAGACACGAUAGUUAUAAUCAAAAGGCAGAUGUAUAUUCUUAUGCUAUUGUACUUUGGGAGUUGUUGACUGGCGAGGAACCAUAUGCAGGCAUUCCUCCAAUGAAUGCGGGUAUCCUUGUCGCCUCUAAAGAGCUCCGUCCCGAACUUCCCGACAAUUGUGACCCUAAUUGGAAGAAAUUAGUUGUUUGGUGUUGGCAAGAGGAUCAAAACAAAAGACCUUCCUUUACUGAUAUUACAAAAUAUUUAACAAAUACUUUUUAG